ACAACUCAGCCUGCCCUUCAGUCGCAGCUCGCUGUGUUCCGCUGUGUGUCUUCGGCUGUGUUAAACAAUCCUUUUCACAGUAGAUAGAUUUUUUUUUAAACUCGUUGUAUAGAUAUGUGUAUAUAAAACUACGUUAUAUAUUGUUUCUGUAACUGGUUACUUUUUAUAUAGCGUUAGCGUAAUUGCUAACUUGGCCAGCUAGCCGGUCAAGAUAGCGAGAGAAUUUUCAGCUCAUCAUCGGUCUCCUUCUGAACUGCUGAAGAAGAUUUAAGACCUUGAUAUGGAUCCUGCUGUGAGGAUCAGAUCAUCCAAGGACCUGAUGUUCCAGAAAUCAGACUGUGAAAAGGUUUUAAGCACCGGGCCGAAGAGAGUUCCCGUGACUCAGAGCUGCUACAAACCCACACCGACUCCGAGCCACACGUCCGUGCUUGGCGUCUCUCAGGGGCCACAGCGUGUCCAGAGGCCUCGGAGUGAACAGAAAAGCCCAUGCACCGGAGAGCAGAAUAUUAACCCUGCUCAUACUCAACCCAAACCAACACAGACUCAACCCAAACCCCAAACACAACCAGCACAGAGUCAACCUAAACCUGCUCCCAGCGCCCCCGAGGGGGUUAAACCCACACAGUCCAAGCAGGACAAUCCUAACCAAAAACCUGCCAAUGGGAUGACCGGGACAUCCAACACUGAGAAGAAGCCGUGGAGUCUGGAGAACUUCGACAUCGGCAGGGCUCUUGGGAAGGGCAAGUUUGGAAGUGUGUACCUGGCCAGGGAAAGACAGACCAAGUUCAUCCUGGCCCUGAAGGUGCUUUUUAAGAAGCAGCUGGAGAAAGCGGGUGUGGAGCACCAGCUGAGGAGAGAGGUGGAGAUCCAGUCACAUCUCAGGCAUCCCAACAUCCUGCGUCUGUACGGCUACUUCCACGACUCUGCCCGUGUUUAUCUCAUCCUGGAGUUUGCCCCUAAAGGCGAGCUGUACGGAGAACUGCAGCGCUGCAAGACGUUUGAUGAGAAGCGCAGCACCACGUAUAUAAUGGAGCUGGCUGAUGCGCUCUACUACUGCCAUUCAAAGAAAGUGAUCCACAGAGACAUUAAACCUGAGAACCUGUUACUGGGAGCAAACGGGGAGCUGAAGAUCGCGGACUUCGGGUGGUCAGUCCACACUCCGUCCUCGAGGAGGUCUACGCUCUGCGGCACGCUCGACUAUCUGCCUCCAGAGAUGAUUGAGGGCAAAACACAUGACGAGAAAGUGGACCUCUGGAGUCUGGGGGUCCUCUGUUACGAGUUCCUGGUGGGGAAUCCUCCUUUCGAAACGAAGAGCCACGAGGAAACGUACCGCAAAAUCUCCAGGGUGGAGUUCACGUAUCCAUCCCACGUGAGCGAGGGCGCUAGAGAUCUGAUCAACAGGCUUCUGAAACACAACCCCAUGCACCGACUUCCCAUCCAAGGAGUCCUGACUCAUCCCUGGGUCGUGGAAAACUCCACCAAAAAGCCGACUACUUUCAAGCGAGACGCUAAAGAGUCUCAGUGAGCGCUCCGUGUCACUCGAGCUCACGCUAUGGGUUAGAGAUGCUGAGAAAAGGCAGUGAUUCCUGAGCCUGGCUGCCAUUUCCUCUUUGUGUGCAUGUCACAUUUCCCCCUUUUGUCUUUUACCUCCUUCCUUCCUGUAAAUAUUUAACUGUUCAGAAUUAUGGAAAUGUGUUCCUGUUAUUACUUGAAAUAAUAAAGCUGUUUUUAAGUGUUGAAAGUGUUGCCUGCUAUAAGGGAGGUUUUCACAAAGCUUUUCUAAGGACAGUGAUUUAUUUCAGUGUUUUGAGGCCCACAGGAACGAAGUGUGUGAUUAUGAUGAACUUGUUGCCAGUUUGUAGCCCUUCAGAAACAUUAAAUGUUCAUGCGAUCUUCAGAAAAGUGCAAUAUGUGAAUGUGAUCUGCUUCUGAUUGGGUAACGUGCUUUUACUGGGGGGAUUUGUGGGUUUCUGUGUUGAGAUUUUGUAUUAUGAAACAUUUCACACCACCACUAUUUAAAAAGCAACACUGAAAUGACCUUAUGCUUUUACCUUUCUUUUUUUUUUUUUCAGUUGCAAAAUAAAUAUGAUGUUAAAUAUUCA